AUGGAGAAGUUUUCGAUCAAAUCCAUCGUUCUAAAAUGGUAUUACUUUUGGUGCGUUGGGAGUGUGGUUGUCUACUCAGAAUUCAGUCAUCUAUACAUGAAACAACUUGGUUUAAGUCCACGGCAGAUUGGAUUUACAAAUCUUGUGGGAGUUCCGAGUCUAUUCAUACCAUUAUGUCUAUUCAUUGGCGACAAAUUUCGGGCACGAAAACUUUUGGUCACUAUUGGAUUGGUUUUUCUGGUCGUAUGUUAUUUUCUGCCGCUGCUUCCUUUAAUAUUUUCGUCGCCAGCGCCUUCUUGUUUAACAUCAAACAAGUCGAUAGCGUCGAGAUCUAAACAUUCUGUCAAUGGUUCAGUGCUUUCAAUAAAUUCUAGAUAUUUCUCUACAAAUAACUUCACCGACAAUGCUGACUCGGCGCGUCGAACCGAGAAAGAGACAAGUUAUUCUGAAAAUGUUUCCCGGGUUAGCAAAUUGUUUCUCCUAAUGGUUGUGUCCAAAUCAGCAUUUGAAUGUCCACAUCGAGUGGUCAUAGCUCUAGCAGAUGUGGUGACCAUUGCAUACCUUAAAGGGAAAAGAGCAAAUUACGGUGCAUAUUUUAUGUGGAGCCAUAUUGGUGGGGGUAUUUCGAUAUUCACUGUAGCUAUGUUGGCAUUGUUUAUCAGAAUUAACAUUUGUGGGACAGAAGCCUAUGGCUAUUUUACAGCGUAUAUCGUUGCAGGCUGUAUGGUGCUACUUUCUAUGCUUUCUCUGCCGUGGCUUCGGUAUGAAUACGACGAAAAUAAAACUAUUAACUGGUCACAAAUAAAAUCAGCAUUAUGCAAUGCUCAUUUCGCACUCAUGUUUUUCAUUCUUUAUUGUACUGGAAUUCUUGUAGCGUUUCAGAUAUUCUGGGAGUUAUGGUAUUUAGACGGAUUGUCUGCAAGUCCUUUAAUAGUGGGUAUAGCUGGGUUGGUUCGUCGACCAGUGCUGGCAGGUUGGAUGCUAUUGUCUUGCGAGUUGCUGAAAAGAAUUGGUGAGCUGAAGGCUAUAUGCGUCGCGUUGUUUCUGUUCGCUGUGUCCUUUUUGGCUUUGUCCUUCACACGGGUACCAUGGUUUGUGCUGGCUAUCGACAUAUUUCAAGCGGCUGCUUAUGGACUGGCAUUUUGUAGCUUCACAGUGCAUUUUUCAAAAGCAGGUUCAAAAGCAAAUUCAGGAGUUAUUCGCGGUAAGUCCUUCUUUAACUCAUUUCCACAUUCUUAA